AUGAUGAUGAGUAGCAUCAAAGAGAGGAAUGAGAUUACUUUGUCGCAAUCUACCAUUGCGAUUAAAGGUUUUGUUCAUGCUAUCCAGCUUGUGAUGGUUGAGGUUGUGCCUGCAUUGUUAGAGGUUAUUCAAGAUAACUGUACAUCGGAGUCUGAGUCCGAUGGGGACUGGGAUAAUGAAGAGCCGAGUAUUAAAAAAACAAGUCUGAGUCAUUCUCAUGACAGAGAUUUGCAUGAUGAUCCUAUGACUGCUGUCAAUUGCAUAAUACCUGACGAUGGUGAAGAAGAAUUGGAUGAAACAAUGCUAGGAUGGUCCAACGAGAUAAAAGAUUCUAAGGUUGAUAACAUGAUGCGUCUUAUCAAUGAGGAGAAAACUUUUUGUAGCUCAAUGUUUAUUGGUGGUGCUACUAAGGCUGAUGUUGUUCGUAUGAUCAAAGAGGCUCAAGAGAAAAACGCCAAAGGAAAACAAAAGAGAGCUGUAGGCAAUACUGAUAUGGCAAAGACAAGCAUUGGUGGUGGUGUAGUCUUUGAUUUGACAGCUAGUGAUGUUCAACAGAUAAUGGAUGCGGUGGCUGAUAAAUGGAAAUGA